GUGGUCAUGUCGUCGACAGCUCCCGCACUCCCGGACGUCGACCCGUUCUUCCUCCUCGUUGCCCGUGAAUGGCGCAAGGCCGACACAGACGGAGACGGUUCGCUCAACCGCAAAGAGAUCGCUGCCCUCAUUCCGAGGCUCAACCUCACUGUCAAGAAGAAGGUGCUCAAGUCCAAGUUUAACGAGGUCGACGUUGACAAGUCCGGCACGCUCAACUUUACCGAGUUUAUGGCCUUUCUCAACAACCUCCGCAACCGGCCGGAGAUCAACGCGGUGUUUGCGCAGUACUCGGGCAACAGCGACCACCUGACGCCGGAGCAGUUCCGCGAGUUCCUCAUCAACGAGCAGAUGGAGCUCGGCGUGACAGUCAACGACGUUGUCGGCCUCAUCCACACGCUCGAGGGCUCCGACUCGGCACGGCAUUUGUACCUAUCGGGCUUUACGAGCUACAUGACGUCCGAGGUGCACAACUCGUGGCGGGCACCCGAGCACAAGCGAGUGUACCAGAACAUGGACCAGCCGCUCUCGCACUACUUUGUUGCCUCGUCGCACAAUACCUACUGCAGUGGCGAUCAGCUCAAGGGCGCGUCUUCGGUCGAGAUGUACGAGUAUGCGCUCAAGAAGGGCUGCCGCUGCGUCGAGCUCGACUGCUGGGACGGGCCCGACAACGAGCCGCUCAUCUACCACGGCCGCACCCUCACUUCGCGCAUCAAGUUUCGCGACGUCAUUGAGUGCAUCAAGACCCACGCCUUUGCCGUCUCCGACUAUCCAGUCAUCCUCUCACUCGAGAACCACUGCUCUCACGCCCAGCAGGCCGUCAUGGCCGACAUCAUGACCGAAGUCUUUGGCGACAUGCUCCCUCCGCCGUUCCCUUCCUCGCGCGCCCUGCCCUCGCCCAACGAGCUCAAGCACAAGAUCCUGCUCAAGGGCAAGACCGUCGUCGUCAGCGAUACCAUCUCGGACGACGAGUACGAGUACGAGUACGACGAAGCGGCUGCAGCCGGGGGCUCAGGCGUCGCCCAGGGCGCCGACGAGCAGCAGGAGGAAGAAAGCGACGGCCGCGCAAAGGCCUCGCGCUCGUCGGCGAGCAACAACACCGGUGACAACGAUGACUCAGAGCUCGAGUCUGACGAGUUUGAUACCGACGAGGAGCUCGACGACGCCAUCGAUGGCUUUGGCGGCGAGGGCAGCAACUCGGGCAGCUCGUCAAAGGCGCGCUCGCGCUCCACCCUCGGCAGGCUCGGCUCGCUCACCCGCAAGGUCUCAUCCACAACCAUGUCAAUGACCAAGGGCAUCGCCCGCGCUGUCACGCCCAAGGCCAAGGCACCCAAAGAAAAGGUCGCCGCCGAGCUCUCACAGCUCAUCCACCUCAAAGCUGUCCACUUCAAAUCGUUCACUUCCGAGCUGGCCGACGCCCGGAAAAUGAGCUCGUUCUCCGAGAACAAGAUCGGCAAGCUGGUCAAGCUCUCGUCGGCUGCCAUGGUCGACUACUGCAAGCGCCAGCUCGCCCGGGUCUACCCCAAGGGCACCCGCUUCGACUCGUCCAACUACGACCCGUUCCCGGCCUGGUGCAUCGGCGCCCAGCUCGUCGCCCUCAACUACCAGACCGCAGGCCUCCGCAUGUGGCUCAACCAAGGCUUCUUCAACGACAACGGGAACUCGGGCUACAAGCUCAAGCCGUACUACCUCCGCUCGCCGGCUAUCGAGUGGUCGCCCUCUGCCCUCGAGUCGCAUGUCAUGUCCUGCAAGGUCUCGGUUAAGUCUGGUUGGCAGCUCCCACGCAUCUCGGGCGCCAAGGGUGAUAUCAUCGACCCGUACGUCAUAGUCUCCGUCUUUGGCGUUCCACAAGACAUUGCAUCGUCCAAGACCAAGGUCGUCAAGAACAACGGGUUUAAUCCAGUCUGGGAGCACGAGACGACCUUUAAGCUAGCCGCCCCCGAGCUCGCCGUCGUCCUCUUCCGCGUCAUGGACUCGGACAACUUUUCUAAGGACGACUUUAUCGCCUACGCCGCCCUCCCCGUCACCUCGAUCCGCUCCGGCUACCGCCACGUCCAGCUCUCGACUGUUAAGGACGUGCCGGUGCCCAUGGCCUCGCUCUUUGUCAACUUUCAGUUCACAUAGCCACGUGCAAGCGCAUUGAAACUACAGCCGACCUC